ACCCCCAUGACCACCUUGGUCCGAUCUUCAGGUUGUCGAGUCCCAGAUCUCGCACAUUAGAGAUUCCACCAAGGUCAAUUAAAAUGCUCGCACUGGCAAUUAUUUUCUCUCUGAUCGGUAUGUGCUUUCAUUUAUUUCAUCUAAAAAAAGUAUGUGCUUGAAAUUUUAAAAUUAAAAACACCCAUUUUAUUUUGUUUGGUGUCCUACUAUCUGUAGAUAUUUGGCAGAUACGAUUUGGUGUACUACUAUCUGUAGAUAUUUGGCAGAUACGAUUUGGUGUACUACUAUCUGUAGAUAUUUGGCAGAUACGAUUUGGUGUACUACUAUCUGUAGAUAUUUGGCAGAUACGAUUUGGUGUACUACUAUCCGUAGAUAUUAGGCAGAUACGAUUUGGUGUACUACUAUAUGUAGAUAUUUGGCAGAUACGAUUUGGUGUACUACUAUCUGUAGGUAUUUGGCAGAUACGAUUUGAUGUACUACUAUCUGUAGAUAUUUGGUAGAUACGAUUUGAUGUACUACUAUCUGUAGAUAUUUGGCAGAUACGAUUUGGUGUACUACUAUCCGUAGAUAUUUGGCAGAUACGAUUUGGUGUACUACUAUCUGUAGAUAUUUGGCAGAUACGAUUUGGUGUACUACUAUCUGCAGAUAUUUGGCAGAUACGAUUUGGUGUACUACUAUCUGUAGAUAUUUGGCAGAUACGAUUUGGUGUACUACUAUCCGUAGAUAUUUGGCAGAUACGAUUUGAUGUACUACUAUCUGUAGAUAUUUGGCAGAUACGAUUUGGUGUACUACUAUCUGUAGAUAUUUGGCAGAUUCGAUUUGGUGUACUACUAUCUGUAGAUAUUUGGCAGAUACGAUUUGGUGUACUACUAUCUGUAGAUAUUUGGCAGAUACGAUUUGGUGUACUACUAUCUGUAGAUAUUUGGCAGAUACGAUUUGGUGUACUACUAUCUACUACUAUCUGUAGAUAUUUGGCAGAUACGAUUUGGUGUACUACUAUCUGUAGAUAUUUGGCAGAUACGAUUUGGUGUACUACUAUCUGUAGAUAUUUGGCAGAUACGAUUUGGUGUACUACUAUCCGUAGAUAUUUGGCAGAUACGAUUUGGUGUACUACUAUCCGUAGAUAUUUGGCAGAUACGAUUUGGUGUACUACUAUCCGUAGAUAUUUGGCAGAUACGAUUUGGUGUACUACUAUCCGUAGAUAUUUGGCAGAUACGAUUUGGUGUACUACUAUCCGUAGAUAUUUGGCAGAUACGAUUUGGUGUACUACUAUCCGUAGAUAUUUGGCAGAUACGAUUUGGUGUACUACUAUCCGUAGAUAUUUGGCAGAUACGAUUUGGUGUACUACUAUCUGUAGAUAUUUGGCAGAUACGAUUUGGUGUACUACUAUCUGUAGAUAUUUGGCAGAUACGAUUUGGUGUACUACUAUCCGUAGAUAUUUGGCAGAUACGACUUCGAAAAUUCACUAAUUUCAAAGGUAAAUAUUCUCAAAUUUUGAAGAACGAGAAAUGCGAAAGAUGUAACUAUAGAACUGAACAAUAAGACGGGCAUUUUAACUUAAUGCCUUAUGCCAUAUAAAGUAAGUACCAACAUUAUUUUAGCUUAAGAAGAGAGGGCAUCAACACUGGAUGAAAAAAACAACAACAAUAACAAGGACUUGAACAAAUUAAACACUUGUGGGAAAGUAGGUAAGUUGAAAAGAAACUGGUAACUGUUUAGAAGUAAAUACCUAAACUGGCGAAAAACUAUUCUUUAUUGGGUUAUUGAAAAUACAAACAAUUUUUAUUGAAAUAAUUUGUAUUUCCCUUCUAAAAUGGAAAAUGGGUGAAAACCCGCCCAGGAAUUGUUCAUUCGUUGUUUUGGCAUUUCUUGACUUUUCAAACGUUUCACGUAAAAUGUUAAAUAAAUUAAUCUGAUAUACGUUUAAAAAAAAAAACAUAUUGAUUUUUUUUACAGCCCCUAAUCUGGCACUGACGGAGCAGCAGAGUAAACUCAUGAAGAGAAUCGUCAACGGCCAACCCACCAAGCUAUUUGAAAGACCAUACCAGGCGUCUCUGCAAGUCCUGUACUUCGGCCAAUGGUACCACAUAUGUGGCGCCAGUAUCAUAGAUGUUGAUAGGGUGAGUACACGUCAACAGGGUAUCACGGUAGCGUAUCUUCCUAUUUUGCAGCGAAAAUAAAACGUGGUCAUGGAAAUGUUUUUCUAAUUUAAAUGUGGGAAAACUUCACACCAAUUUCACUUUAAAAAAAAAUCAAACACAAUAUGUAAUCGAUUAUUUUAAACACUCCAACACAAUGUGUAAUCGAUGUGACCAUUUCUAAAAUCAUUAUACCAGCCAUUUUACCCGGUUUCGCUCGGGUUUGUAUUGGGAAAUGGAAAUUCUAAGGUAUUGUCUAGGUACACGCAAAUGAUUUUGGGCGCUCUCAAAUACACAUCACUAAAUUACAAAUUACAAUUUAAAAUUUUCCUCUUUAUAAAGCCGUAUUUGUAAUAACUCUUGUAAACACUGAAUAUUUGGCCCUUCCCGUUUCAGUUUCUUUGAAGAUGGGUACGGGCCGAAACCUAUGAUUUAAGGACAAAUCCAACUUUUUAAAAUCUGUCUUAUUAAAAAAAAAAAUUAUUCACCAAUCACAAAUCUAUGGCCGUUAUUUAUUAAAAUAAAAUAGGAUCCCUCCGGCAGGAACCGAUUCGAAACGGAGCCAUUUUAGUUUUCCUUCAGAAACGGGCCCUAUUCUAAUCCGUUCAGAUUAGUAUUCAAGUUAAUUUUUCUAAAUUAUUCCAUGAAAAUUGGGAAGAAGUUUUGGCAAAGAUGUUGCCGUUUUACUGUCAGGCCCCCCCUCCCCCCGGCGCCAAAAGAACUUAUUCUGUAAUGUUUUAUCGCAGUGAAUGAUAAAGGUUGAAUAAAGAAGCAGAAGAUAAGGACAAAGUAUGCUCAAUUUGAAAUUUUACUGUGCUCUGUUACUUCUCAUACUUCUUUUUGUCGUGUUUGCUGAUGAAGGCUCUAAGCCGAAACUUAUAAAUCUUUUGCCCUGUCUAUGAAUUCAAAACAUGGGAGAGGAAAAUCCUCCUAAAAGUAUACGUCCCAGUGAUAGAGAACGCCAUCUGGAGAAUCCGCACAAAGCAAAAACGUUACCCUUUGUACAAAGCCCCACCCAUAGUAACAAUGAUAAAAAUGGAUGGAAGCUAUUUUCCAAAUGAUUCAAAGUAGCACUCUGUUAUCAGUGGUAAAGUAGCCCCGCUGUUAUUAUGGUAAAGUAUUCUCUCCACUCUCAUGUUUAAGGAGCUCACUACUAUGAUGGCAAAUUAGGUAUCUAUUAUCAUGGUCAAGUCGAUUAGUAGUAAGUAUUUAGUAAAAGAAAAUUUUCAGGGAAACAUAAUUUAAUGAUAUUUUAUAAAAAGAAGAAACCCAUAGUCACAAUGUUUAAAAACAAAAAAAAAAGCAGACUACGCUGGGCAGGACAUGUUGAAAGGAUGCCGGAACGCUGAGCGGCAAAAGGUAUAUGCAGGCAGAAGGCUAGGGGCAGACGACUCACCGGUCGCCCAAGGCUGUGAUAGAUCAAUGAUGUGGAGUUGGAUAUACACCAAUUGGGGGUUCGUGCAUGGAGGCGGAAAGCCAUGGAUCGCUCCGAACGGAAGGACGUGGUGGAGCAGGCCAGGGCCCAACAUAGGCUGUAGCGCUACUGAUGAUGAUGAUGAAUUCAAGUUUAUUUUACUUGUCCUUAUAUUUCAUUGAUAAAACUUGAAGGCAGUCCAUCAAUUAUUACCUUGGAUAAAGAAGAAACUUCAAAAAACAAAUGGUCCCAUUAAAAUCGGGUGAAAAACUCAAAAAAAUAUAGUGUUUUAUUUCAAAUUAAAUUGGUCUCCCCUUGCUCCCUCCCCCCAGACCCCCCUCCCCCCAAAAAGUAGGUAUUAUUGGUUUGAAAUCCACGGAUAUUUGUAUAGGCAUGAUGAAAGGUGUGUUGACCAGAUAUGGCCGAUGUGCCACAAUUUACGCGGAAGCUUACAUUGUAGGCUGGACCUUCUUGUGUUGCCUUGGGCACUUUUGCUUUACAUUUAAUUAUCAUAGUUACAACGAACUAGAUCUCCCUGCACUUAUUUGGAACUUUCUAGAAGCUUGAAAAAAAAAUUUCUUUAAACCUAUUUCCUGACAUUUGAGCACAAUCGUAGAGACGUAUUGAAAUAUAAGGAACAGUUAAAAGGACGCUGUUACAAGUCUUAUUAAAAGCCUUAUUUAAAAUAGAUCGUUGAAAAUGAUUCCAGAAUGUUGUAGAAUCUUCAAGAAACUCAUAAAAGAUUUGUUCUCAUAUGACAGGGAAAUUCCAAGGAAAGUUAAAAAAAAUCGAUAAAAUUAAAAUAAAGUGUGCAUUAGAUUUUUAAAUGCCCUUUAGACAAUCUUUAUAUCUACGUGGAACAAUACAGAACUCGUCAAAAAUUCUACAUUUUUUUAAACCUUCACAUAACUUGUAAAAUUAUUAUUCUAGAUAAUCAUUUUUGUUAACACUAACAUACCUAAAAGAAAAUUCCGCAGCUUUAGAGUUUUCCAUUACAGUUAAAAUGAACAUAAAGGACUUGGUGGGGAAAUCUUCUAUAAGGAAACUUUUAAAUUACAAAUAAGGUAGUGACCCAGAAUAAUUCAUGAGAUGAAUGGUCAAGUUCAAAUUUAAAAGCUUGUCCAUUACAAGCGGGUGAAAAUUGCCUGGAGUGAGGAGUUUUUUUUACUACACGUUUUUAAUUUCAUUUAUGUCAUUUAUCGCAGUUGAGUGAUGGCAUUAUUUCAGUGCUGACUGCAUUAUGUUUCAUGUCAAUUAUCAUUUCAGUGGUGACUGCAUCAUGAUGCACGUCAUUAAUCAUUUCAGUGAAGAACAAAUACAUACUGAUUUUAGUGAUAAGUGCAUACGUUCAUUACCGGAUACAAUUGUGUAUGCGUCACUCGUCCUCAGCUUCUGACGGCUGCCCAUUGCUUGAUUUUCCCGGUCGAGACCAUGAGAGUUAAAGUUGGGCUCCUCGAUCUCACCGCACCACCAAACCAAUACCAGCAGACCAUCGACAUUAAAGCCUUUAAAGCCCACGAGAAUUUCAGUACUGUUAUCGUCGAUGGUAUGCCCAACGACAUCGGCAUACUCUACACGAAGACACCGUUUCAUUUCAAUGAGAACGUUCAGGUGAGUGGCGCACUUGACAUUUUUAAUUUAAGGACGUGGUUAUAAUCUCGAGGUAGUACUUACAUAAGCCUCUAACACAUUGAAGGAAAUAUCAGGAAAUUAGAUUAGAGCAUAAACGCGUGAAGUGUUGUUGUUUUUUUACACUUGUCCGGGACUCCGGGUACGAUCGUGAACAAACGGGACAAUCCCUUUUUAACGGAAUCUUUGGUCACCAUACCAUAAACUUAAUACAAUAAAAAAAGGAACGAUACCCAAAACUAGGGCUAAUUACAAUUUAAUAAUUUUGUUAGGUUAAAAAUAAAUUGCAAAAUAAAAAAUAAAAUAAAAUUAAAGCUAUUGAUUUACAGUAUAAUGAUUGGGUCGUGCCGGUACAAAGUUGAACAAAAUACAAUGGUGUAAAAAGGUGCAAUGAUGAAAAGGAAUCUAGACACACACAGCAAAAGUUAGUAAACAAAUCUCUGUCGCGUAUAGCAUAGCUCUAUUGUAAUAGCAAUAAAAAUAGAUCUCUCUCUCUUUCCGUUAAAGUCUGUUUGACUGAUAUUUCUCGAAAGGGCUGACACAUAGUGUUUUCCUUUCCUGAUUUUUAAAGAUAUUUUUCAGACUUCUAAAAACACAGUCUACAGAUUUUAUAUUUAGAUGUAAACAAGGUCAAAGAUACUAUUUUUAUUUAACCACAUCCUAAAAUGCGGUUCCGAGCUGCUUGGGGUCAGCUAGAGUUCAUUCACUGGGAAAGAUGACGCAAACAUGUCAUCUGCAUGACAAAUUGUUUCAAAUUGUUUAUGAACAGUUCUAAUAUGAAUAACAUUAAAAAGUGAUAAUAUUAAUUAUGUUCCAUUUCACAAUUAAAACAUUUUUGGUGUUAUUGUAAAACACAGAACAUAGAAUAAUAUGGAAAUUUAUUAUUAUUUUUUUUAUUUCUUUGACAAAGAACAUUAAAAAUGACAAAGUUGUCUGUUUAAUUUACUUUGAUUGAUUAACGUGUAACGUGUACCUCAAAGUUUAAGUGUGGAAUACGUACUUUAAUGAUCUGGAGGAGGAACAAUAAGCAACCGUCAAGAGGCCGCAGCACAUUUUGGAUUAGGACAACGAACGUUCUAAAAAGAUGAUGAUGAUUAUGGUGACCGCAUACUUCUAUGGCGCCUGUGGCCAAGUUAUUUUAGCAUGCGCGCUGCACUCCGAUGUCGUAAAAUCUAUUGAAAAACAAAAUACUUUUUAUGUUUCUUAAAUGAUUGUGAUCAUGUUCAAUCCACCUCAAAGAUUGAGGCGACCUGUUCCUUAAAAACAAGCAAAUCAAUUGAUUGUUUAUGGUGCUUUUUUUCCCCUUUCUUUUCGUUUUAGCCGGUAAAAAUAGCGCCAGGCGGCCUGACAUUUGACAAUUCAAAGUGCGUCAUUUCUGGGUGGGGGAAAACGUCCGGAACCUCAGCUGGCUCAAACAUCCUCAUGGAGGUGGCUAUGACCAAGAUCACACUCAAGCAAUGCAAGGAGGAAUUUGUACCAUUGGGUGUAGCAAUUACCGACAACGCCAUCUGUGUUUUUGAUGGAGAGAGUACGUAGAACAAAAAACAAGUUUUUAAUUUUAUUUUCAUUGUCAUCACAAAAUCAAAACAAAUUCAAAGUAUAUUUGUUGGAUACUUUAAAAAUUAUAUUUAAUUAAUCUACAGGUGCUAAUUAUGGAUACAUUUGAAUGAUUUAAAAAAAAUAUUGCUAUUUUUCUCAUCUAUUUACUACUUUAACGGAAGUGUUGCUUCUUUUAAAUUGUAUACAUUUAACAACAUUAAUGUAAAAAAAAAAAUAAUAAUAAAAAAAUUAAACUACAAAACAGAUAGCAACCAAAAUUGUGUGUUCAUGUCGUGAUUUAGAAGAGUUUCAGGAAUGGACAGGGCAGUGGAAGAGUCCUGCGUGACAACAAUGUUAUAGGGCACCGCACGGCAGAUGGAGCUGGUUGUCAAUGUACUACCUGGGGGUUUUAAGAGCGUCAGCUCAAAACUUCUUCAGAAUAUGUGUGUUCCUUAGUAGAAAAAUGCGCUUUGAAGGGAUGGGUGCAUGUUAUGAACUUAUCCAAAUUCAAAGACAAAAAUGUUGGGAAAAGAAAAAAUGGUUUGUAGAUCCUUUUUAAAAAUUAAAAUGAAACAUGUAGUUUAUACACAAUGAAAAAAGAUUAUCUAGAUUUUCUAGAUUUUUUAAAAAGAAAUGAUACCUCUCAGUUGAUUUCAGUGGUGUACCAUUUGGCAGGUACAUGUGGGGACUGCCCUGGACAGCAAUUUGGUCAAUUAUUUUAUUACCAACUUUAUAUAAUUUGUUUGUUUCUUUGUUGUUUUUGUUUUUGUUGUUGCUGUUACUGGUGUUGUUGUUGUGGUUUUUGUGUUCGUGUGUGGGGUUGUUUGUGGAGUUGAAAAAUGCGGGUCAAUGUUUACGAGAUUAACCAUAUUUUUUAAAAGUUUAAAACUGUAACAGGCGAGAAAAACAGUAAAUAGAUUCGUCUUCAAGUAUCACCAUUCUGUGUUUUAACAAUUUUUCAGACAGAUAGUCAAUGAGCGGUCAAAUGGUGGUUCAUUUUUAAAUGAAAAUAACAAUAUAUCAAUAUCCGUUUAUGCUACAUAUGUCUGAAUGUGCAAAUUUAGCUGUAUUGUAACCGUGGAGUUAGGAAAACACAAGAACAUACACAAGCAAGACAUCGCAAAAUAUCGCUUCCACUGUUACCCCGGUAACCACGGGCCAUUUUCGCUAGUUUUAUAUUUACAGUUCAAAAGUAUGUACUUGAGGUUUUGUUGCGAAAGUUCCCAGUAGGCGUGCCAAAUAAAAUGAAGAGUAUCUGCACUGAAUAUAGUUCUUAUGAAAACACGGGAAAUGUAUUCCAAGGAAACAACCGUAUCAAUUUAAGAACUAACUAAUUUAUAAAAAAUCUUAGCGGAUAUAAUAAUUUGCUAGACAUGAAUUGUCCAAUGAAAGAAUGAAUGAAUGUCUGCUUCUUAAAAAGCACUUCUGCCUAUUCACGAAUUGUGUUUGCAAGAAGAUUAAGGGAUUUCAAAAUAAUAUAUUUUUUGGAGCUAUUCAAUGUUAUUUGAAAAUGAAAAAAAAAAAAUUACAACUGUUUAUAACAUGAAAUUUUUGAUGACUGAAAUUUAUAUACAGAUCCACCAGGAGAAAAUCCCACUGCUUGCUCUGGAGACAGUGGUGGUCCCAUGCUGUGCAGUCAUAGAAGAAGGGACUACCUGGCAGGAAUCACCAGCUUUGGCCUCGAAAAUUGUGGAGGUAAAACAACACACUGCACAUUAUUUUCUAUAUUUUUUAAUGACGAUCACGAAAUUCGGUAGACACCCACCAUGUGUAGAUUUUAAGAACCAUCAACAGAUAAACGGUUGGGGUGGGGUGGGGGAGGGGUAUACAAUUUGAUUUGCACCCCAAUAUCUAAAAAAUUAUGACAAAGUUGAAGGCUUAAAUAUAUAUAUAUAAAUAUAUAUACAUUUAAAAUAAGGUAAUGCAUUUUUUACCAACUAAGCCAAAUAAAUUCCGGAGGCGUUGAAAAUGUUUUUGUUCAUUUUUAUUAAACUAUUGAUCUACGAAUAGAGGAUGCAUGGGUGUCAGAAUUGUGCCCACGUACGAGAAUCAAAGUUAAUUAAAGGAAGACUCACGAGAUCAAAUUCAGCAAGUCUGCAGCAGUGGCUCAUGUCUUAUAAAACCGGGAUGAACUCUGUUAGAUCACUUGCAAUCUGUUUGAUCUCAUGGCGUCUUUUGAUCUGAUGAAAUCUCUUUGAACUCAUGAAAUCUCCUUAAAGUUAUGGAAUCUCUUUGAUCUCAUGAAACCUCUUUGAUCUUAUGAUGUCUCUUUUAGCUCAUGAAAUCUCUUUGGACUCAUGAAAUCUAUUUGAUCUCAUGAAAUCUCGUUGAUCUCCUGAAAUCUAUCUGAUCUCAUGAAAUCUCUUUGAUCUUAUGAAAUCUCUUUGAUAUUCCAAAUAAGUAUUGCUAAUAACAAGACAACAUUCUAAUCUCUAUGCUAUUUUAUACGAUACAUUUAAAAAAAAUCUUUAUCUCUAAACACCCAAGCAAGGUCAUGAACAACAGCCAGGAUAGGUUUAAACAUGGACAUUGUCCACUCAAAGUUUAAUCUUCAACCUGAUAUGUGACUUUUGGGACCCUUCCAAUCCUUUUUUUCUUUAAAUUUAUGGGAUUCUUCCAAUUCUAAUUUUGUUACUUAUUGGACUCUUCUAAUUCUAAUUUUGUUACUUAUUGGACUCUUCUAAUUCUAAUUUAAAUUUUGUGGCUUUUGAGUCUUUUUCAAGGCCAACAGUUUAUUCUUGUAUAAAGCACGCCGAAAACAGAUGAAUCUAGAAGAGUUUUUAAACAAUUGUAUUUUGUUGUCUGUGUCCAGGCUAUCGCCCAAGUGUGUACACACGAGUGGCCCCGUACAUCUCCUGGAUCAGCAAAAACAAACGUGCACCAAACACUCAACUCCAGUUGGAGCCCUAGGCUAGAUGAGAGGAGCCCUAGGGUAGAUGAGAGGAGCCCUAGGGUAGAUGAGAGGAGCCCUAGGGUAGAUGAGACUUCAACAGACAGGAGAAUUGGCACCGGAGAGGAAAUCCUUCAAUGCAUGGAAACUUAAAGUUUUAAUUUUGGUGUUUUUUGUUUUCUUUCUCUUCUUCCAAGGUUUAAGUCUCAUUAAGUUUUGUGUGAUUUUUGCUUUGAAAAAUAUCUCAUUGCACAAAAUAAAUAGAAAAUGAUAGAAAAAAA